AUGACUCGAAUUACUCGAUCUGCGACAAGCAAGCGAUCCGCUCUCGCUUCUGCGAUCUCUCGCGCGGAAGCGCACUUACUCCAGGCGAAAUUGGCUCUCCAUUCAAUCGAUGCGCCCAAUUCCUCCUCAUCCGAAAGCGAAGAACUCCCACGUGGCAAAGGGAAACUGAUCCCCAAAUUCGGUUUUACCAAGAACCGACGACAAGUUGCCGCCGCUCCUGAAGCGACCGAUCAUCUCGCUCCUAGCUCCCCUGUUCAUCAACCGGAGCCCGAGCAGACACCUACGUCCCCGAUCGCUUCUGCUCCAAUGGACACUGAGGUUCCCCCAAAUCACUUCCGUGUUAGGGGGCCAUCUCGAAACUCUGACCCCCAGCUCCGACUUCCAGAAGAGGCUGGACCAAGUGGCCUUCAAGCCCCUCAGGUCUACCCGAAUCUCCCUCCUCGACCUAGCGUCGGCGAAGAAACGACCGCUCCCGACCAACGAGAGCCUCUUUCUCCAGCUCGCGAAUUCGUCGAUUUCGCUGGGUCUGCCCCAAUCGAUCCCGCCACCCAACCAAACGAUCCUUCCCCUUCGGCCAUCUACAAUCUUCUCAAAUCUAAAUUGACGCGAGAAGAACAGCUCCAGUUGAAGGGCUAUAUUCAAGCCAAGGAGCGGGAAAUCGAUGGGCGCUACCACGAUCUAUGGAGUGAUAUUUGCAACCAGAGAUGGCGACUAGAAUUCACCACUCCGUCGAAUCGCUCUUUCACGCUUGCUGGGCGAAAUUGGUCUACCGAAAGCAACUAA